UCUGAGGCAAAUAUUGAUUUUUAUUGCAUAGAAAAGGGACUUCCACCUGGACAGCAAAACAAUAUCUAUCUUUUAUGCUUAAUUCUAUCUGAUGCUAGAGGAAUCCGCAGCGUUGUUAACUAUUCGAGAAAUUUUUGAAAUAUUUUAUAAUGUUUUAAGAUUUUGGGCAGUGAAAAGUUUAAAGAUUCUAACGCCUAACUUUUUUCAACUUUUUGGAGUUCUUAAAGACCUCUUUCCCCCUAGCAACUGCGAAGUUGUAAAAGUUGCACUUCAAACCUCUUCUGCUUCUAUAAAUUCUUACACCAGUGAGUAUGACCACUUGGAGGCAACACUUAAAGAAUUGGAGGAAGCACACCUUAACAAAAAUUUGUCAAAAUUCUGUUUUCUUUUGCAAACGGAAUUCCUCGACUUGCUCAGAAGUAUGGGAAAUUCAAAUUUGAAUUGCGCUAAAAACAAUUUUUUGAAGUACACUGAUAAAGUUUCCAUUCUACUACGAGAGCUUAGUUAUAGCAAUUCUUGCCCCCGAGAUCUAUUAAUAAAUUUUUACGAAAAUAUUCGGCUGCGUUGUGGUCGAAGCGCUUUGCUGCUAAGUGGUGGAGGCCUUUGGGGAAUUUUUCAUGUAGGCGUAGUUAAAGUUUUGUUUUUUAAGCGCCUACUUCCAAAAGUGAUUUCCGGCUCUUCGGCCGGCGCAAUUGUUGCGGCCAUAAUUUGUACAAAGACGCACAAAGCCUUGAAAAAGUUCUUAAAACAAAACGCCUUCGAAUUUAGAGUUUUUGAAAAGAAAGUCCAUAAAAACUUCUACUUUGAAAAGCUAAAGCGGUUGAUUCAGGAGGGAGCUUUAGCCGAUCAGGAAGAUUUGAGGGCCGCAGUUCGUUAUUACACCGAAGAUUUAACUUUUUUGGAAGCGCAUUACCUAACUGGGCGCAUCCUCAACAUUAGCGUUACUUGCGCAGGGAAGCACGGACGAGCCAGACUUUUAAAUCACUUGACCGCCCCCAAUAUUGUCAUAUGGAGUGCCGUCUGCGCCUCAUGCGCACUUCCUGCUUUUUAUAGGCCUGUCAGACUGCACAAAAAGAUCAAUGGGGGCCGGGUGGUUCCCUGUCCCUUUGCUGAGUACUGGAGUGACGGGUCUUUAGAAUGUGACAUACCUUCCACACGGCUUUCGGAACUGUUUAACAUUGAUCAUUUCAUAGUUUCUCAAGUAAAUCCCCACAUCGUUCCCUUCGUGCAUCCUUCCAGCCCCUUUCAAAAGCUUAAGCUUGCUUUCCCUUCUGCUCUGGAUGUUACCCUGCUAGAGUUGAAAAGAAGGCUUAUUCAGUUGAAGGCCUUCGCCUUUGGAAAUUUCAUAGCUUCCUUGCUAUUAAUAUUGGAUCAACCUUACACCGGCAACACUACUAUCGUCCCCACCGUCGGAAUCGGAGACUUCAUAAAUCUUUUUCGUCACCCGAGCGCUACGUACAUUACAAAAGUUAUGAAAAUGGGUGAAAAAAACACAAAGACAGAAAUAAAAACAAUAGAAUUAAGGAGCCGAGUUGAAAGAACAAUUUCAAACAUUCUGCUUCGUUUAAAGCGAGAAAAUAGCAAAGUGUAAAGGCCACAAUACUACUCGAACGUCAAAGCG